UGUGAGUUUUGUGGAAUAUUUUCAAUUUUUCAUUAACCAUAUCGCAAAAUGAACUCGCUAAAGUACUCCAACAGCAGUAGAAAUCCGAUGAAGCAAACCGGCAACAAGAACGUUGGCUACCGUGUGGACAUCCUCAAAUGGAGCGACAAGAUGGAUCUGCUGGCCAUCGGGAACGAUAAGGGCGAAGUAAUACUACACCGGUUAAAGUGGCAGAAGGUUUGGCAAUUGCCGGCUCCUGAAGAAGGAUUGCGUGUACGCGGGAUAGCUUGGAGACCACUGGAGAAGGUGAUGGCAAUCGCUUACAGCAACGGAACUGUUCUGCUGAUCAACAUUGAGAACAAGGAAGAGAUCUACAGUUUCAAUAUCAAGUCGGACAUCAGCUGCAUGAAUUGGACAGAAAACGUCAAGGAAAUUUCAGCGAAUGAUACAAGUGGAGAUGCGAUUAACAACCAUACCACCUUUCUUCCGCCACUGCCAAGUUUAAACUCGCUUUCUUCAACCGCCAAGUCCUGUGAUUACAACUCGCUUAAGUUUUACUCGAAGCAGAUUUUGAAUCUUCUGAUUAUCGGAUCAUCCAGUGGACACGUGCAUCUUUCCGUGUUCGGCAUGCUGUCCUGUUGUGAACUGGAUCUAUUCCAAUCGAUGAACAUUCGCCCCGAUGAGGCCGUUAUCCGGGAAGUCAAAAUGAGCUCCAACUUCAAGCAGCUGUUCGUCGCCAUCGAGCGGAGUGGUUCGUUGGAUUUGGUUAUCUUCGAGAACAACAUCCUACAGCGCUACUCUACAUCGCUUUUGAAUUUGGCCAUCAAACAUGCACACAUUCUGGGAACGAUGGCUUACAUCAAUGAUACUAUCGAAUGUAUUAUUGAGGCUUGGGAGACCGUUUUGCUGGAGAUGGAUAACAAGCUGACAAAGUACGCCAACAGUCAACCGCAGGGUUCGAUUUCGGCAGACUUUCUGGAAUUGCUAAUGUUUGGAAGUACAUCUCCCGCACUGGAGCAAUUUUUGCUGAGGGAUUUGACGGAAAAGGGUCUGAAGAAGCUGGGAAACAGCAUUGAGCUGAGUUACUCUACCAUUCAGAAGCUGGUGGUUAAACCACUUCAUACGGCCAUCUGCAGUGUGUUUUAUCACCUGAAUUCUCUUCAGGGUAUGAUAAGCAACGUUUACUAUUACAAACCGUUGCUGGGGGAUGUUACCAACGAAGCGCUGAUUAACUGCGGUGCAUUCUUGAUUAAAGCCUAUGAACUACAGCAAACGAUAGACACAUCAACGAGGGAUUUCAAGAUAUUUUUCCGAUGGCUGUACACUGUAAUCGUCCGAUUGAUGGAUGAAACGCUUCCGGAAGAUAACUCUUCGGUGACACAGCAAGAGAUCAACUAUUUGGCAGAAUUCCUCAACAACUUCGAUGCCAACUAUCACGAGUUGCCCGGAGAUGACGAAUCUAGCACGGAAGACAAGAAACGAAAGUUUAACCUGGAACGCGUUGGCCAAUAUUUGGAGGACAAGUCACUGUUAUUCCCACCGAAGGCGGAUAUAGCCAACCAAUGGAUGAAAUUGCUAGAAGAGAACGACUGCCUCAAGUCUUGUCCCCUGAUCUUUCCGCAUCACGAAAACAGUUCUCUAGUACAGCAGCAUAAUCUACUCAAGGCAAGCAUUGAAAGGAUUUUUGAGAAACCAGUUUCGGUAAUCGGUCAGGAUUUCAAGCAAAAAAGUAUUCUCUCGCUGAGAAAUUCCGAUCCUACGGACGACUUCCAACGGACCGUAACUUAUCUCAACAUGGAAGAUAACCAAGUAUCGCUUUUCGCACUUCUCGAAACCGACAACAGUCUUAUCAUAACGGAAUGCAACCAUUUGUCGAUGAUCCGUUCGGUGCGGUUAUGUUUCCAGGAGAAGCCCUUUUUUGAAACACGGCUAUCAGCCAUCGGUGAUCUAACGUUUAAACAUGUUCAGUUCUACAACGCCGAAACGCUAUCGGUACUGCUACGAGCGCGAACAAGCGAAAGUCGCAUAAAUAGCUACUUCUUGCAGUUGACACUGGAUCGUAUCUGGGAACUGCUGGAAUCGGUUCCGUUCGUUAACAAUCAGAUCAUUGUCGAACAACAGGGUAGCGGUGGAAGCUGUUGUCGGGUGGUGAAUGCCUACACAUUAAUAGAGGAAUGUUCGCUGAGGCUGCUGGAGGGAAUUGACGCUGGGAAGAUUGCCGUGUCCGGCACGAGGAACGUCGCAUCGGUGGUAUCGGAAUCGCAGAGAACCAUCCGCAUAUAUGAAAUGGACGCUCAAGAUGAGGAGGACGACCUGUUGGAAACGUCGCGGGACAAUAGCAGUUUCGAGAACAGCAAGGAAUCGAUACAAUCGUGAGAA